AUGUCUGUGGUUUUGAGAUUUGUAGACAAGCACGGUUGUGUUCAAGAAAGAUUUUUUGAUCUUAUACAUGUUUCUGAUACAUGUUCUUUGACAUUGAAAACAGAAAUUUCAUCAGUUCUUUCUCGUCAUAAUCUUGAUAUCCAAAAUCUUAGGGGACAAGGGUACGAUGGAGCUAGUAAUAUGCGUGGUGAAUGGAAUGGAUUGCAAGCUCUAUUUUUGAAAGAUUGCCCUUUUGCUUAUUACAUUCAUUGUCUUGCUCAUCGAUUACAAUUAGCACUUGUUUCUGCAGCCAAAGAAGUUUGUUAUGUUCAUCAAUUCUUUUCAAAACUUACACUAAUUGUGAAUGUUGUGACUGUUUCUCCUAAACGUCAUGAUCAGUUAAGGGUUGCUCAAGCAAAUAAUGUUGCAAACUUAAUUGCCAAUGAUCAAAUUGUGACAGGUAGUGGACUUAAUCAAAUUGGUACUUUGCAAAGAGCUGGAGAUACUAGAUGGGGGUCUCAUUUGAAUUCUGUACGUAGCUUGUUAUGCAUGUUUGAUGCUACUUGUGAAGUUCUUGAAAAAAAGCACGGAAGAAGAAGAGGCCGGACUCGCAAAAUUGUUGAUCAAAUUUCAGUAGAGCAUCAUUACCGUGUUAAUUUAUUUCUGGCUGUAAUUGAUACACAAUUGCAAGAGCUUAAUGGAAGAUUCAAUGAUAAUAUGGUGGAAUUGCUUACUUUAAGUUCAACUUUAGAUCCCAGAGAUAAUUAUAAGUUCUUCAGUGUCAACAAAGUAUGUGAAUUAGUAGAACGGUUUUAUCCAGGUGACUUCAGUGACCAAGAGAAAUUUCACAUUAGAAUGCAAGCUCAACAUUAUGAACUUGAUGUUCCUAAUCAUGUUGAAUUAACUAACUUGUGCACAAUUUCAGAGUUAUGUCAAGGAUUAACGAAGACAGGAAAGUCUUUAACAUAUCCUUUGAUUGAUCGUUUGAUUCGCUUGGUAUUAACUCUCCCUGUUUCAACUGCUACAACUGAGAGAUCUUUUUCAGCUAUGAAUAUUGUGAAGAAUAGACUCAGAAACAAAAUGGAAGAUGAAUUGCUUGCUAAUUGUCUUUUGAUUUACAUUGAGAAGAAGAUUGCUGAAAGAUUUGACACAGAUUCUAUUAUCGAUGAAUUUUAUGAUAUGAAGAAUCGACGUGUACCACUUCGUUAG